GUCUCACCCUCACCCCACCCACCAACACCACCACAGUUCCGUUUCAAACCUCGGGCGUCAGCGAUCGACGUCGUCCGCCUGUCUCCCUGUCCGCCUGUCUCCCUGUCCGGCUGUCCCCCUGUCCGCCUGUCUCCCUGUCCGCCUGUCUCCCUGUCCGCCUGUCGGCCUGUCCCCCUGUCCGUCGCCGCUUCUCCUCCACGGCCUCCACCGCUUCGAGACAUCUUCCCCAGGGUGCCUUGCCCUGCACUGCCCUGCACCGCCCUGCACCGCUGUUUGCAGCUCUACUUCGCAGGACCACCGCCACCACCACCGCCACCACCACCACCACCACCGCCGGCACCACCACCACCGCCGGCACCACCCAAACCCAGCGGCAGCGGCGGCGGCGGCGGCGGCGGCGGCGGCGGUAGCAGCAGCGCUGGCGAUGUCCUUCCGGCGAGUGGUGCGGCAGAGCAAGUUCCGGCACGUGUUUGGGCAGCCGGUGAAGAGCGACCAGUGCUACGAUGACAUCCGCGUCUCGCGAACCACCUGGGACUCGUCCUUCUGCGCCGUCAACCCCAAGUUCGUCGCCAUCAUCGUGGACGCCUCCGGGGGCGGAGCCUUCCUCGUGCUGCCCCUCUCCAAGACGGGGCGUAUAGACAAGACCUACCCCACGGUGUGUGGUCACACCGCUCCCGUGCUGGACAUCGACUGGUGCCCUCACAACGACGACGUCAUAGCCAGCGGCAGUGAGGACUGCACCGUCAUGGUUUGGCAGGUGCCCGAGCACGGCCUGUCCCUGCCGCUGACGGAGCCAGUGGCCACGCUGGAGGGUCACUCCAAGCGCGUCGGAAUCGUCACGUGGCACCCCACGGCUCGCAAUGUCCUCCUUAGUGCUGGUUGUGACAACCUGGUGAUGGUGUGGAACGUGGGCACGGAGCAGCCGCUGGUGACCCUUGACCUGCACCCGGACCUCAUCUACAGCGUCAGCUGGAACCGUGACGGCAGCCGCAUCUGCACGGCCUGCAAAGACAAGAAGCUAAGAGUCAUAGACCCUCGCAAGGGAGACAUCGUCAUGGAGAAGGACAAGGCUCACGAUGGCGCCCGUCCGAUGCGGGCCGUGUUCAUGGCGGACGGCAAAAUCUUCACGACCGGAUUCAGCCGGAUGAGCGAGAGACAGCUGGCGCUGUGGGACCCGGCGAACAUGGAGGAGCCGCUGAUCCAGCAGGACAUGGACUCCAGCAACGGCGUUCUUCUGCCCUUCUACGAUGCCGACACCAGCGUGGUUUACCUGUGUGGGAAGGGUGACAGCAGCAUCCGCUACUUCGAGGUGACGGACGAGGCCCCCUACGUGCACUUCCUGAACGUUUUCAGCAGCAAGGACCCCCAGAGGGGCAUGGGGUUCAUGCCCAAGCGUGGCCUUGAUGUCAACAAGUGUGAGAUCGCUCGGUUCUACAAGCUGCAUGAACGCAAGUGUGAGCCAAUCAUCAUGACGGUGCCACGCAAGUCUGACUUGUUCCAGGAUGACCUCUACCCAGACACGGCAGGCCCUGAGGCUCCCCUAGAGGCCGAGGAUUGGGCUGAGGGACGGGACGCUGGACCGGUCCUCAUCUCCCUGCGCGAGGGAUACGUCCCCAUGAAGAACAGGGACCUCAAGGUGGUCAAGAAGAACAUUCUGGAGCGCAAAGCCCCGGCCCCCCGAUCUGGGGGGUCGCAAGCGACCACCGGUGGUGGCGGCGGUGGCGGCGGUGCCGGCGGUGCCGGUGGUGGUGGUGGUGGUGGUGGCGGCUUUACGGCACCGGCCGGGAGGGGCUCAGCCGGGGCAGGGGGAGCGGUGGGGCCGGCGGUGUCGACGCAGCACCAUGGGGAGUCAGCGCACACGGACAAGAAGCUGAGUGAGCUGCUGAAGGAGCUGGAGUCUCUGAAGGCGACGGUGCGCAGGCAGGGUGAGCGGAUCGCUCGCCUGGAGGCCCAGGACGAGGCGGCGGCCCUCCACAGCGACCGGCACCGCCGGGGCGGGGAGCGGAACGACGGACGUUGCUAUGGCGACGACGACGACGACGACGAGGAGGGGGGGCAGGGGGGGGAGGGGGGGGAGGAGGAGGAGGAGGGGGAGGGGGGCGAUGGGAGCCGGGGUGAGAGCUUAGGAUAGGCAAGGCCGCCAAGUAGCACACACACAAACCCACAGCUCACAUCGCUCGCUCUGCACUCACCGCACUCGCUCCUCACCACACUCGCUCCUCACCACACUCGCUCCUCACCGCACUCCUCACCGCACUCGCUCCUC